GCCACGAUGGACGAACCUGGCCACUGUCAACUACUGCUGUCAAAAAUACAAACUGACAACCAGCAACAAAUACAAAGAACAAGAAGCAACAAAGCAUACGAAACGAUCUGGUUUUGCGGAUGUGAAAAGAAAUGCAGAAAGCGUCGGAAAACACGUUUACACUGUGCAAAAUGGAUCCGUAGUCUUCUGCAAACAUUGCCUAACAUAGUGGUGCAACCAAUUGGACAAAGUGUUGCAUUGGGAGUGGCGUGCUGGCACCGUUCAACAACAGGACUUCAUCCCAUACAAUUCCUGUUUGAACCUGUUGUAUCUUGUUGUGGCUGAAGUGGACCGUGCUAUUGCAGAGUUGCACCACUUUUACCGUGCUCUGUGAGUGGUUAAAUGCAACGGAAGAAAACACAAACUACAGCAACACUGUGCCAAACCCCAGAUAGAAAGAAAACUGUGAAGCAAUUGCAAUUGUUUACCUACGGCCGGUCCCCCGAACCAGAGCAAGGUGCCAUAAGUUGCAGUGUGGCACGGCACAGAUAGUGAGCGAGAAGAUGUGUCCUUAUCGGAAGCAUCAAACUUUUCCGGUAUGAUCAAUGCGUUUUCUGCUGGAUUGGAGUUGACGAAACCCGUGUUAAAAUUAUAGCAACGGUUAGAUAGAAUUGUGUGUAGUUGUUAUUGUUGUCGACAGUCAGCUUGCGCACUACGAUAAUCGGAUCCCUUCGAAAGCAAUAGUUCGGGGAUCGCUUAUGAACAAUAACUACAUUAAAAUACAACCAUGGGCAGCUGCUUGACAUGCUUUCGUACGCCGCCAAACGCCAAUGUUUCCACUGCAGCUGGUAUUCCUAUCAAUGUCGGCGGAACGACCCAAGAUUCCGCCCUGUCAUACACCGAGAUGGACGUAAUCGGUCAUGAAACAGACGAUCUCCUGCCCGUGAGUGUGGCCGGGCAUCAUUUGGGCCAUGGAGACAAACGUACCGGAGGAAGCUUUAAAAAACCUACAGGCGGCGGAAUCCUGAACGGCAAUAUUUCAUCCGCGCUGCCAGGUAGCGGGACGAUCGGCGGAGUUGGCGGAAUGAUCGGGUCGACAGGUGGUUUAAUGACAGAAAACAUGAACAAUAACGGAACGGGAAGCAAGGAGCUUUGCGGCGGUAUGGGCGGUCCACAAGUACUGCUCUCCGAUAACGAUCUGAACAAAUUGUUCGAAAGCUACAAGGAUACACAGGAAGACGCCAUACUAUCGGAAGGCAUCGAGCGAUUGUGUGGUGAUCUCGGCUACAAGCCGGACGAUUUUGCGAUUCUCGUACUCGCGUGGCGUUUAGACGCGAGUCAGAUGUGUCAGUUUACGAAAGCCGAAUUCAUCCAGGGCCUACAACGCAUGAAUGCGGCCAGCAUCGAGGACAUACGAACCCGGUUGCAGCAGAUAGUGGAACGUCUGCGAACGGAUGGCACCGAAGACUUCAAGUCACUGUAUCGGUUUACGUUUCGGUUCGGGCUCGAGCCCGGCCACCGGAUACUGUCCCUCGACAUGGCGAUCAGUUUGUGGCGGCUAGUGUUUACCGUCCACACGCCGGACAUUCUGCAGCGCUGGUUGGACUUUCUCGAACAGCCGCAGAACAUCCGGGGCGUCCCGAAGGACACCUGGAACAUGUUUUUGAACUUUGUGGAAACCUGUGAUAUCGAAAACUACGACGAUACGGAAGCGUGGCCAAGCCUCUUCGACGAUUUUGUCGAUUAUGAACGGGAACGCACGGGGCAGGCUGCAAAGGCGAAGGACGAGAAUGGCGGAGAGCCACCACCGGAUCAUUCCGACUACAACGGCUCAUAGUAUUUUGCUAGGUAACACAUCCUUUACCCACUGUAUUCUUCUCCCCUAUAACCAAACCAGCAUUGAGAAACAUGCGCAUCCCGUGAGGUUCCCCUAUAUGUGGUGGAGGGUUUUUCAGUCACGUUGUACUUGUACCGAGAAUGUGCGUCGACUAUGUUCGGGGUGCUGGUUGGAUCUCCGGUACAGUCAAAUCCAUCCUACUUUCACUGCUAAAUGUUUCGUCGUUGUUAAAACUAACCAUUUUUAGUCAGAUGUGGCACUUGGCUACAUUUUCCUAUCGAUUUAAUUUCGUUUUUUAUUGCUAUUUAUUGAAUUCAUCGUAUCAUGUAAAACACUUCCGAAGCAUUUAGUCCGUCGCGAAAGAGGCGACAAUUUUACAGAACAGAUCACAAGUACGAUCGAUGGUACGCAAAACGCAGGAAGAAGCUUCAUACGUCACGUUAAUUGUAUCCUUCCGCUUCUAUUCGUUCGUUAUCAGUCCGAAGGGGCCACACCUUCAAGCGCGAUUCUACACCAAUAGUUAGUUUCUGCCGACCCCUAGAGCGUGUGAUGCGUAUUAAUUCGAGUAAAAGUAUAGUAAAAACGAAAAGGCGAGAAGCAGCAAGUAGGAUAAAAAAAGCGGACAUAAAAUCUUAGAGGACUAAUUGGAUCGUUUGUUGUUGAAAUUUAUCUCGUUGUACAAGUUUAAAGAUAGAAGCGAUGCGAUGUUCGCUUACGGUUCAUCCACAUUGUAUUUUCGUGAACGCAACUAAACAAUAGCAAAAAGGCAAUGCAAGCGGAUUGUACGGAAAAAAGGAACUGUAAAGAAUCACACACAAACACACGUAGCAUAAACGACGGAUCACAAAGAAUCCUAGAGACAAAUAUUUAUGUAGAGAGCGCUAUGGCUGUAGCGCGCAUAAGCCGCUAAAGAUCGCUGCAAGGCGAGUGUACUGAGUAUAUAGGCAAAGGAAAAAUCCCCCACUAGCGACGCGAUGAUCAGCAGAUGUGGAUCAAUGUGAUUAAUUCAUACUAUUAGUGCACGAUCUUAUUUUUCGGUUUUUCAAGCGUGCUAUCAAAUAAGCAUAGUAUAAACAGCAGCUACGAUCGACUGCAACGUGGCUGAGUGGCUGCAAGGGCCGAAGGUGGCCCAACACCGUGACGCGCUGCGGUGAGUAACUGAUAACUAACCACAUCGUAGCGGGCAGAUCGGUGGAUAUCAGAACUUAGUGUAAUUAUCGCAAUAACUUCUAACGGUUUUGAAAUAAAGGAAACAAGUCUAUCUCUA